GAUAGAUAGGAUGUGUGCAAAAUGUUUGAAAAUAUAGACAAACAGUCAUUACUGUAGGGAACGGACGUCUAUGUCGAAUAUCUUGAAAAAUAAAUGAAUAAAAGUAUACGAGUAAGAUUCAAAUAAUCUUCAAAUCAUGUCAAUGAUAUUGGAAGACAGGUCAAGAAAUGGAAGAAACACUUUAAGGGGCGAUGAGUCAGGGUCGGAUAUCGUAAGAAAUUUGUUUACAGAUUACUUUACAUAUACUAACCUUGAUGAGUCUAAAUAUAAUAGAAACAAGAAGCAUCGAAUAAUUGUAAGUUGUAUCUGGUUCACAAUAGUAUUUUGCAGUACAUUAAUUUGUAUCCUGUUUGCAAAUAAAUUGUGGACCAAAUGGAGCCAAAACUCGCUCAUUAUUGUAAAUACUGAUGCUCUUGUUCCUGUACAUCAGAUUCCAUUUCCCGCAGUGACUGUUUGUUUGGAAACCAAAUCGAUGUCAUCAAAAUAUAAUUUUACGAAUAAUUAUCACCUAUAUAAUAAUUCAGAAACACGCGCCAAAAGUCUGUCCAAGAGUAAGUAGCUAUGCUAUACGUCA